ACGUGUUCAGUAAUAGUUAUGCUACGUUUCGGAAACUUGUAUGAAUUAAAUAAUUAAAAUCUAACUCGUUUUUCAUUUGCGAAUGAAAUGUUCUUACUUACUUACAAAUCAUGUAAUUUGUGUGAUUUAAUUAAUCAUAUUUUAGAAUUGGCGGGCGACCGUAACACAGCGAACGACAACAACAAAAAAGUUCAAAUCCGCUGGGUAAUUUUCGACGCCUUUACUGUUUACAGCGCUGUCGGAGGCGUAAGGUGUAGUCAGUUCGGGCAUCACAAAGAAAUUAAAAGUGAAAUGGCAGCUGUGGGAACGUGGGCAUUCUCACAAUCUGCCGUAGAAAGAAUGCAGUGUAUGAUUUUAGCGGGACAAAAUUCGACUGAUGUUAUAGAGUCUGCAAUAGGAGAAGUUGAGAAUGAUGUGGAUACAGGCCGAAAUAUAGUUGGAAGAGGAGGCUUCCCUAACAGCAUGGGGAUAGUUGAAUGUGAUGCAGCAAUAAUGGAAGGUGUGCCAGGGAGAUUUGGGGCAGUAGCUGCAUUACGAGGGGUAGGACAGCCAUGUCAGGUAGCGCGCAGAAUAAUGGACAAAAGUCCCCACAGCUUCCUAGUUGGUGAAGGAGCUGCAGCCUUUGCACAGGAGCAGGGCUUUACAAUUGAGCCCAAUGAUCGUAUGCUUUCUGAUCAUACUGUCGCUGCCUAUCAGGAAUUUACUGAAAAGGGGAUACAUGUCAGUGGCCAUGAUACUAUAGGUCUCAUUGCUUUGGAUCUUAGAGGAAACAUAACAGUUGGAGUUUCCACAUCAGGAGCACCCUUCAAGUCUCCAGGGAGAGUCGGAGACACUCCAAUUCCUGGCUGUGGCCUUUAUGCUGACCACAUGAUAGGUGCUGCAGCAGCUUCAGGUGAUGGUGACAAAAUCAUGUGCUAUUGCCCUAGUUUUCACAUUGUGGAAUUAAUGAGACAGGGAUUUUCUCCUAAGGAAGCUUGUUGUUCUGUCCUGGCUGAUAUAAGAAGGAAAGUAGGAGAAGAUAAUUGCUUUGAGAUCAGUCUUAUUGCCUUGAAUAUGAAGGGAGAGGUGGGUGCCACUUCCUCAGUGGAAUUCCCAUAUACAUUUUGGAAGCAAGGAAUGGAUUCUGUAGAGAUGCACGUCCUGCCUUGUUAAGUGGUCUGGUUGUCCUCUUAGUUUGUUCCUGCAAGAAAACUUUCACAUAUAUGAUUUCAAGAGGUAAAUGUAUUAUAUUACAACAUGUUUUAUACAGUAGGAUGAAUCGUUUCAAAAAUAAUUUGCUAAUUGGUCCACAGAUCAUAGUUAUUAUUGACACUGUAUUAGGAUAUUUACAAAUUAUGUUUGUAAUUAUGCAUACAUGCCUGCUUCUUCUUUUUUGAAGACCACAAUAUGUUCACUCAAAUUAUAUUAAGAUAUCGUCUUGUAUUAUUUUUCCUCUGUCAAUAGCCCGUAGAUGUUUUAUAGAAUUCUAUUUUGAUCAUAUAUGGUGUGUUUAACAAAUGGUUUGUGAAUCCGACUCGUUAUACCUUCUCAUAAACACGUUAUUGAUCAGUGAUUCAUACUAACGC